UUUUCUGACACUCUCUGUCUCUGUUUCUCUCUAUCUCUCUCAGUCUCUGUCUCUAGCAGCAGCCACAGAGAGCCCACAGCAGCCUACAGAGCCCCUCCUAACCCCUAGAGCAUGGAAGGAAAUGGAAUUCCGGAGCUGAGCACCGCGGAAUCUCUGGCCCUCUAGACCUGGGGAAAGGAGCCGAACGAGCAGUUCAUUGGACACAAGGUCAGCCAAUGGAAAGGUUGCCGGCGCUGAAGAAGGAGUUCUGCCUUCCACUCCUGCUCUGGCUCCCUCUCUCCUGCCACCUCUGAGAGUGUGUGAGAGGAUGGGAGGGGCUGGGAGGGAGCAAGAGAGUGCGGCAUCCUUCACUGCUAGAUAAAAGUAAGAGGGACUUUGGGUCCGGAUCAGUGCCAGAGUGCAUUCUAAGUGGAGCUGGUGACAAGAGAAGCAGCAGCCUUCCCUCACCGCCCAUUGCUUUGCAGUUCUGGAGGGAACAGUCCUACUGAGAAGCUCUGGCUGCUCCCUCCCUUCACCCACUCCCCCGCCAAUUCCUUGUAUUUCAUUCCCUUUGGGUACCUCCUGGAGUCACCUCCUCCCUAGCAGCUACUGUCCGGGUAAGGGACGUUCGAAUUCCUGGGAGAGGAGGGGGAACGCAGUUCGCAGCAGCCAGCCACCCACAGGGCUGAGCUUCAGGCUGCUGGCCCCUCUUUGUAGACCAGAUUGCAACAGCGGCCGGGAGCCUGGCCACAGAAGACCCCUGUUCUGGGUCUAGAAGAGCUAGUUGCAGCAGGUCAAGAACAAGCCGGAGCAAGAAACAUGUUCGCCGAGAGCAGCCUCCAGAGGUAAUUGAAUGAGAGACUAUAUUUUCUGUGAAUUUUGCUGAAGGGAGACAGAUGUGCUGCAAUGGUGACAUAAAAUACCACAUCGACUGGAGAAGUUGCUGAAACGCUGUCUUUCCUUUCUUACUUUCUGUUAAAUGCCACUGCUAUUGGGAGCCAUUUGAGGCACAUGUAUUCGACAUGAGUUUUAUCAUGAAGCUUCACAGACACUUUCAGCGGACGGUUCUUUUGCUUGCCACCUUUUGUAUGGUGAGCAUUGUCAUUUCAGCAUACUACUUGUACACAGGCUACAAACAGGAGAAUGAACUCUCUGAAAUGUCUUCAGAAAUGGAUUGUGGGGAGCUUCCGUAUCUGCCAUACAAAUUAAUGGAGUUAAAGACCAUGAAACCCUUUGACCCAUUAAGGACAGACCCCAUUGUUCUGGUGUUUGUGGAGAGCCAGUACUCUUCCCUGGGUCAAGACAUCAUCAUGAUACUCGAAUCAAGUAGGUUUCAGUAUCAUAUAGAAAUUGCUCCUGGAAAAGGGGACCUCCCAGUGCUGAUUGACAAAAAUAGAGGCAAAUAUGUUCUUAUUAUAUAUGAAAAUAUUUCAAAGUAUGUCAAUAUGGAUUCUUGGAAUCGAGGCCUUUUAGAUAAAUACUGUGUGGAAUAUGGUGUAGGAGUCAUUGGAUUCUACAAGACCAGUGACAAUAGCCUGCAGGGCUCUCCACUAAAAGGUUUCCCUUUUUCAGUUCAUGGAAACCUUGCUGUGAAAGAUUGUUGCAUUAACCCUCAUUCUCCAUUGCUCCGGGUGACAAAAUCUUCUAAGCUUGAUAGACGUUCCUUACCUGGAAGUGACUGGACAGUUUUCCAAAUCAAUCAUUCGGCAUAUCAACCAGUGAUAUUUGCCAAAGUCAAGGCCCCUGAAAACCUCUCUCCCCCCAUUUCCAAGGGUGUUCUCUAUGCCACCAUCAUACAUGACCUAGGGCUUCAUGAUGGGAUUCACCGGGUUCUUUUUGGCAACAACUUGAACUUUUGGCUGCACAAGCUCAUCUUCAUAGACGCCAUCUCCUUCUUGUCAGGGAAGAAACUCACAUUAUCCUUGGACAGGUAUAUUCUUGUGGACAUUGACGACAUCUUUGUGGGGAAGGAGGGCACAAGGAUGAAUACCAAUGAUGUUAAGGCACUGCUUGAUACUCAGAAUCUUUUGAGAGCUCAAAUCACAAAUUUUACUUUCAACCUGGGAUUUUCAGGGAAGUUUUAUCAUACAGGCACAGAAGAGGAAGAUGAAGGCGAUGACCUCUUGCUGGGGUCUGUGGAUGAAUUCUGGUGGUUUCCUCACAUGUGGAGUCACAUGCAGCCCCAUCUCUUCCACAAUGAGUCAUCUCUGGUUGAGCAGAUGAUUCUUAACAAAAAGUUUGCCUUAGAGCAUGGCAUUCCUACUGACAUGGGUUAUGCAGUGGCUCCUCAUCACUCAGGAGUCUAUCCUGUCCAUGUCCAACUUUAUGAGGCAUGGAAGAAAGUCUGGAAUAUUAAAAUCACAAGCACUGAGGAAUAUCCACAUCUGAAACCAGCACGCUACCGCCGUGGCUUCAUCCAUAAAAACAUCAUGGUUCUUCCACGACAAACUUGUGGUCUUUUUACACAUACAAUUUUCUACAAAGAAUAUCCUGGAGGUCCAAAAGAACUGGACAAGAGUAUCCAGGGAGGAGAGCUUUUCUUUACCCUUAUCCUCAACCCAAUCAGCAUCUUCAUGACCCAUUUGUCCAACUAUGGGAAUGACCGCCUGGGGUUAUAUACCUUUGUGAACUUGGCCAACUUUGUGCAGAGCUGGACUAACCUGAGACUGCAGACUCUGCCUCCCGUGCAGCUGGCUCACAAGUACUUCGAGCUCUUCCCGGAGCAGAAAGAUCCUCUCUGGCAGAAUCCCUGUGAUGACAAACGCCACAGAGAUAUCUGGUCUAAAGAGAAAACCUGUGAUCGAUUACCAAAAUUCUUGGUAAUAGGACCUCAGAAAACUGGUACCACAGCUUUGUAUUUGUUCCUGGUUAUGCAUCCUUCCAUCAUUAGUAACUCCCCCAGCCCAAAAACCUUUGAGGAGGUACAGUUCUUUAAUAGAAAUAACUACCACAGGGGGAUUGAUUGGUACAUGGAUUUCUUCCCCAUUCCCUCCAAUGUCACUACAGACUUUCUAUUUGAGAAAAGCGCCAAUUACUUCCAUUCAGAGGAAGCUCCCAAACGAGCAGCAUCUCUGGUCCCCAAGGCCAAGAUCAUCACCAUUCUCAUUGACCCCUCAGACCGAGCAUACUCCUGGUACCAGCAUCAGCGAUCACAUGAAGAUCCUGCAGCUCUGAAAUUCAGCUUCUACCAGGUGAUCACAGCUGGGCCCCGAGCUCCCUCAGAGCUGAAAGUGCUCCAGAAGAGAUGCCUGGUACCUGGCUGGUAUUCUACCCAUAUAGAAAGAUGGCUAACUUAUUUUCCUCCAUUUCAGUUGCUAAUUAUUGAUGGGCAGCAAUUAAGAACUGACCCAGCCACUGUGAUGGAUGAUGUACAAAAGUUCCUGGGAGUCUCUUCUCAUUAUAAUUAUUCUGAAGCUUUAACAUUUGAUUCUCACAAAGGUUUUUGGUGUCAGUUAUUGGAAGAAGGUAAAACUAAAUGUCUUGGGAAGAGCAAAGGAAGGAAAUACCCGCCAAUGGAUUCUGAGUGUAGAACAUUUCUUUCAAGCUACUAUCGUGAUCACAAUGUGGAACUAUCCAAGUUAUUACACAAACUGGGACAGCCAUUGCCAGCUUGGCUAAGACAGGAGUUACAGAAAGUGAGAUAGCAUCAAGAGAACACCCCACUGAGAAUAUUGCUCCCAUGCAUCAUUCAGCUUUGCUAAAGUCUCCAGAAGCUACCAAAAGGCUGUUGUAAAAUAUACCUCUUCACAAGAGAAGAAAGAAUAAAGUUCUUCUUUCCAUGUGCUGGCAUGUGGACUAUGAAAUGUAUGUGUCUGUCCCAACUCUUGAGGCCUAUAGCCUUUCUUCUACACCAUGUCUGGGCCUGUGGAAUUGUUGUAGACUACUGUAUAUUCAUGUGGAAGUCAGUAACAACUGAUAUAAACAUUCAAAGCAAAGCUGCAAAAUGGUCCAAUUUCCUAUUAACUAUUUACACUUUUAUAUAUCAACUAAAAGUAUUGUGUCUUGUAGAUUUUUUAACCCAUUGUUUGCUUGCUCACUCUUUUCUUACUAUUUGAUGAUAAAGUGUCUUACAAAAAAAAGGAGAGAAAGAAACUUCACACCAUAGAGCAAGAAUGGCAAAUAACUACCACCUUUCAUAAAUACUGGCCAAAUUUUGAACCCAGUGAUAUGUCUUGAAAGAGUUGAGAAUGUUGAUUUGUGCUGUAUAUAGGAAUGGAGAGAUUAACCAUAUUGUCUUAUCUGCAUCACAAAGCUAAAUGCUACAGCAAAAGAGAGAAAGAUAUAAAGAAAAGGAAGGAAGGAAGGAAGGAAGGAAGGAAGGAAAAUGAAGGAAGGAAAAUGAAGGAAAAGAAGGAAGGAAGGAAAGAAGAAAAGAAAGCAAGUGCUAUAUACUUGAUUCAAUCUUGGUUUAAUCUGGUCAGUUUUAACUCACCUAUUUUAUACAUUUGUAAUUUUUGCACUAAAAAGACAGUAGAAUAGUAUCAAUGAAUAGUUGAUUGUAACAAGCCCACUAAGUGGUUAUUCAAAGUUGAAUGAUUCUUCGAAACAGGGCUGAACUUCUGUAACUAUAUACUGUAUCACAGCAAUAUUCAUAUCCCCAGAGUGCUGUGAACUGCAAAUCCUACUCAGAUGGUCUUCAUUUGCUUAACACUUCUCAUCUCAUAGAUCACAUCUAAAAUAUAUGUCAUCUCUACCACCAUACUGAUAAAUACUUUCAUACUUGUUUAUAUCCUCCAUUACCAAACCUAUUAGAGCCAAAGAUAGGGAUAUUUCCCUACAAAGAAAUAACUUUUAGCUGUUUAAAUGAAAAUUAUAAACUGAAAACACUUUUGGAGAUUUCAAGGUGAAAAAAUCCAGAUAGUAAAUGCACAUGAAUAGUGUGAAAUGUGUGAUAAUAUUUUUAAUACAAGGCAAGGGAAAAAAGAAACUUUUGCCAAGAUUUUGGCUUAUUCUUUUGAAAGUUACAUAAAAGACAAUCUAACCCAAUGGAGUUAAACUAUAUUUUUAAUUGUACAGAUGACCAAUUAAAUAUCAGACAAGAAAUCAACAAGAUGUCAUUUUUAUUACCUAGUUUUAAUCAUUUUAUUGCAUCAUAUAUAUAUGGCAUAUAAACAUAUAUGGUAAAGACAAAGUGAGAAGAGUGGGUAACAUGCAAAUUAGAUUAAUAAUAUUUUAAAAAAACAAUUUUAGGCCUAUGAUAACAAACAUAUCAAGCAAUACAAACUGAUUUAAUCACAUCAUACCAGCUAUUUAUAAAUUUCAGAGAUCAAAAGGAGAGAUAGCGUUGUUUAUUGGAUGAGUCUUGGAGUCAAUAAGAGCUGGGCUCUUUAUUCCUCCCUCUGUCUGACUCAUACUAGCUGUAUGAACACACACACACACACACACACACACACACACAAACACAUAAUCUCUUAGUGCUCCCAGGGAACUCUGUCAGACUAUAAAUUGUAAAGGAAUUUCUGAUCUGGAUUGCUUUUGGGAGUUUUCAGCCCCAAUAUAAAUAUCCAAAAAAAAGUGAAAAUGUUGUUUAUUAAGUAAGAAGAAUAUUGAUUAAGAAUUCAUUCAUUAUUUGUCCUUCUUAUUGACUUGUAACAUAAAUGAAUCAAAAGCUUUGAUAAAUGAGGCAGCUCAGAGAAAGCACCUAAUGAUUUCAUCACCUAUAUAAUAUGUGAUUAUAGAUCUAGUUAGUUAUUUUCUAAUUAGUAGGUAGAUUGUGGGAUCCUUGUAUUUAUGUUGUCCUAAUAAAAAUGUCUUCUGCCUCAGAGAUUAUAAUAAGAUGUUAAUAAUAUGCUUUGGAUAGCAUGAAACAUUCACAUGCUAUAACAGUUGUCUCAAUCUGUUAUGCUGAAAGCAUCAACACAAGGAAUUGGGCAGAAAAUAAAAAAUAAUGUGCAUUGACCAUUAUCCAAACCCUUAAUAGAAAAAUACUUGUUAUUCAUUUUGUUCAAAAUUUCAGAGACUGGGGGCAGCUAGGUGGCGCAGUGGACAGAGCACCAGCCCUGGAUUCAGGAGGACCUGAGUUCAAAAUCCAGCCUCAGACACUUGACACUUACUAGCUGUGUGAUCCUGGACAAGUCACUUAACCUUCAUUGCCCUGCCAAAACAAACAAAAAACAAAUCAAAACAAAAAACAAAAAACCAAAAAAACCCAAAAUUUCACAGACUAUGAUUCUGGCUGUAAUACUGAAUGUUACUUUCUUUGAAGUAGCUGUGGUCUCAUAUGUUCCAGGCAGUUAGUUAUUAAAUGUUUUUCCUUGAAUGUAAGAAACUAUCAGUGACUUACUGAUGAGGUUGCCUAAAAUGGAAUACAUAAUAUACAUAUACAUACAUACACACAUGCAUAGAUAUGUACAUACAUAGAAUAUGCUCUCAGGCUAUUUAGUGAAUUCGGAUCUCUGUUUAAGAUCUAGCUUUCCAAUAAAAUAAUCAAACAUAAUUCAUUUAUAUAACAUUCAAACUCUCCUCUCUAGGCUCACAACUUUAAAAAGUGUUACAUGUGUGCAUUUUUAAAAAGUGUUAUGAACAAAGCGGCCACCAAGCAGGGUAGUACACACUGGUAAUCCUCACUACCGAGGAGGCAAAGGAUAGUUGACCUCUUGAGCCUGAAUUUUGGAGCCACAGUACAGCUAGUACAAAUUGGGAGUCGAUAGUAAGUCCUACUUCAAUAUGGCGAGGCCCUGGGAGGAGGGGAUGACCAUGUAGCCUAUGGAAGGGUGAACUUGUCCAGGUCUGAAAUGGAAACUCACAUGCAAAUUAAAGCAGGACUGGUCUUGUGAAUAGUCCCUUCUAUACUGGGCAAUAUGAAGAGACCCAAACAAACCAAAUAGUUUACAGUAUUCUAAUCUUGCCUAGGUAGGAUGAAUUUACUCAAAUGACCACCCUUUGACAAUACUUUAUGACUGUCUUAUGGAAAUAAUAGGGAAGCUUAUAAUCAACAACAGCAAAAAAAUCAGGAUGAAUCCAUUUAAAUGCACAUGAAAUAUGCUAUUAAAAACAGAAAAAAAUAAGAAAGGCUUAGACUGUUCAGUAUGACUUGGACAAAAUAGAGUCCCUGAAAGACAUGCAUACUUUAAACCUUACAUAUAGCAGCUGGAUAUAUCAUUCUGAAAUGACUUAAAUACACAUUAGAAAAGGAUGAGAUGAAGUGAUUUGUAAACUAGCUUUGUACAGAAUCCCCUUUUUCAUUGCUUAAAAUAUGAAACUUCCUCAGGAAGAAAUGAAAUAGUUAUUUCAAUGUUUAUAGCUGUAAUAUUCUUGUCAUUCACAUUGAAUGAAAAUCACUGGAAACAUUUUUUUCUCUUAAGUUUUUUUUAAUAAAAAACCUGGAUAUUAUUCUGAUAGUGGCAUGAUAUCUGCUAUGUACAAUAAUAAACUCUGAUAAUAAAAUGUCUUACUGUGG